AUGGCGAGCAAACUCGGAGCUGAGAUCUUCUUCUCAUCUCUCUGUUCUACCUUGUUACUCCUUUCUCUCUUCUCUGGAGCUGCGAAUCUCGUGCCGGCCGCAAAAGCAGAUAAAACCUGGUGCGUCGCGAAGCCUUCGUCGGACGCUGCAACGCUGAUGGCGAACUUGAACUACGCCUGCUCGCAGCUGCAGGUGGACUGCAGAGUGCUGCGGAUCGGCUGCGCUUGCGCUCGCCCGGACAGCCUCAUCUCCCACGCCUCCGUCGCCAUGAACCUCUACUACCAGGCCGCCGGCCGGCACUACUGGAAUUGCUUCUUCAACAACUCCGCGCUGGUGACGACGACUGACCCCAGCUUCGAUAGUUGUGUUUAUGAAUACAUCUGA